GGGACUUGUCUUGCGCAUAAACCCUCCUUGGUUCACGCACACCGUACAUUCAUUUGGAACUGCGAGUCCAAGAACAUGAUUGCCCCCACAGUCAUCGUCGUCAUUCUUACAUAUUCGCAGCUAUGGGAUCCGGUGGAAUGCGGAUGCAGCUAUUCUGCAUGUGUGAGCGGGUGUGACUGUCAACCUGAAAGAGCGAAUAAAGUACAACGAUCGUUUCCUCGACUGCUCCUACUAUCCCGAUCCUGAGGCCAGUUGUCCGUGCCGAGGUGCAGAGGAAGACGGGGCAAACUGUUGGCGCAUGUUACGUGCUCAAGAGGGCAAGUGCUUCAGAGGCGUAUGUUACAACCAGCAAAGGUACGAGUCUCUGACCACAGGACAGCGGCUGAACACUACAGUACCGUGCCCAGCUGCGCUUGAUUAUCUGACUUACUCAAUAUGGACUUUCGGCUGCAAAUAUUAUUGCAAGAGGAAGCCUCACAACAUUGUCAAUCAUCCUGAUGGUCGUGCCUGUCUGGAAACAAAUGGUUCUGCAAGUGUGCAGAGCCUGGGGACAACUCAAUUUACUGAGCUUACUCAGCUUUUCCGGACCGAGAGGACAACCGUUGCUGCUGCCCUUUCACCAAUCUUUUUUAGGCGGUGCGAGAUGUUAUGCAGAUCCCAGAAACGGCACCUCAUGGCAAAUGUGACAAAAAUAAAUGCAGUUGAGAUGAAGAAUGUCUGAAGAUAUCCAGGGUAGCUUUGGUUUUCGAUGCGUCCAUGGAAUAAAAGCUAUUUGC